CGUGAUUUUGUAUCAACAAGUCUCCGCAACUAACUGCGUCAAAGCUCUACUCGUGUGAUUUUUUCGCCCGCUUGGACGCAGAACUUAUAGAGGAAAAAUGGCAAAGAAGUUGACUCCAUCAGGCUGGUUUGGAUCUAUACUCUCCACUGCAACCAUGGCACUGACUGUGUGGAAUUCCAUCAGCGCCCAGGAAGCCAGCAAGCCUCUCCAAUGGCCUGUCAGGACCUCUGAGCCCCUGGUUGUGCAGAGCCAUGCUUCAAAGGUGUACCUCAGUCCGGAUGAGCUCAGACAGCUCCAUUUCAAGACCACAGAGUCCAUCCAGUUAUCAGAAGGACAUGAGGCCAAGUUCAGCUGCUCCAUUGAUAUUCCUGAUACCCAACUGGAGCCUACCAUAUUGUGGAUGAAGAACGGCCAGGACCUGGCUACUAACAUGCAGAUGCUGAUCAAUGAACUGCAGACCAUCACGGACAGAGCAACGACGCUCCUCUCCACUGUCAGGAUUACCCAGGUGCAGAGGGCUGAUGCUGGCGAGUACCGCUGCAGGCUCAGCAUCGGCAACAUGAUGGUGGAGUCUCAGCCUAUCAGCAUCAGAGUAGAAGGUCUUCCGACAUUUAUCCAGCAACCUGAGGAUAGAAACAUAACAAAGGACACUCCUUUUACUCUAUCAUGUGAGGCGGUAGGACCUCCAGACCCCGUUAACAUUCGCUGGUUGCGUGAUGGAAUACCUGAUGGUGCCUACUAUAAAUCCCCCAGCAAUUACAAUGUGGAAGGUGUCAACAAGUAUACUCAGUUCAGCUGCGAAGCUUACAAUUUGAAGGGGGUCAGUACAUCCAGAGAGGCAAACAUCAACAUUAAAGUGCUUCCCAGUACUGUGUCGAACAUGACUGUAAUUGCGAGAGAGUCCAGUAAGUUGAUGGUGAGCUGGGUGCCCGGACAUGACGGCUUCUCUCAGUUGGUCAAGUGCCACAUUAGGUUGAAAGAAGUGAGCCGCAGGAUAGGAGAGGUGACAAUAACCAGGUUCAUCAACGUAACGGUGCCGCCGUUCCAGUGUGAAGUCCCUGGGCUGCAAGCCAUUACAUCUUACAACAUGAGCGUUUCCUGUAGCAAUGAGGUGGGGGCUUCACCGGUCUCCCCUUGGAUCCAGAGCAACACAACAGAGGGAGUGCCAUCAGUUUAUCCUCGAAAUGUCACUGUGCACCUGAAUGAAACAUGGCUGGUAAUCAGGUGGAAGCCUCCGCCGGAUGAUAAGAUCAACGGUAUCCUGCAAGGCUAUGACAUUAUUGUCCGACAUGGGACGCAAGUGAAUAAGAUCCACCGUUACACCAACACAGCCUUUGUAGCAGUGCACGAUUUCAACACCACAUACAGUGUGGAGGUGGCUGCAUGCACACGUGCUGGGAGCGGCAUGGUCAGCCCACGUGUCUGGCUGUUUGUGCCAGAGGACAAAUCUGGUCCAUCACCAUCCUCAAGCCCUGGCACCAAGAUUCCAGAUUCUGUCAGUGUUGUUCUGGGUGUGGUGUGUGGUGUCUGUCUUUUGAUGCUUGUCCUCUGGGUGGCUAUCUGUAUACACAACAGAACAUCUGACUCUUGGCUUGGGACGUUGUUGGGAAGUGGACAAAAGCAACAGCCAAUCGUGCAGUACAAACCUCAGAGAUCCUACAACCGGUCUGCUGUUGGAAUAACACUUGUAAACCUUGGCGUCAGCGAUGAACUCCACGCCAAACUGCAGGAUGUGAUGGUCAUGAGGAACCUGCUGUCCAUAGGAAAGGUUCUUGGAGAAGGUGAAUUUGGCUCAGUGGUGGAGGGGCAUUUAAAACAACCAGAUGGGACUUCAGAAAAAGUUGCAGUGAAAACAAUGAAAUUGGAUAGCUUUUCCCAGAGAGAAAUAGAGGAGUUCCUGAAUGAGGCGGCCUGCAUGAAAGAUUUCUACCAUCCUAAUGUCAUCAGGCUGCUUGGCGUGUGCCUGGAAAUGGGGGCCGUACACUUUCCCAAGCCGAUGGUCAUCCUGCCCUUUAUGAAAUACGGAGAUCUACACACAUUCCUGCUGCGCUCACGCCUCGAAGAGAAUCCAGUAUUCUUACCAACACAGACUCUCUUGAAGUUCAUGGUGGACAUUGCCUCUGGUAUGGAGUAUCUCAGCGGUCGGAACUUUCUGCAUCGCGACCUGGCUGCUCGCAACUGCAUGCUGCGAGAUGACAUGACAGUAUGUGUCGCCGACUUUGGCUUAUCCAAGAAGAUCUACAGUGGAGAUUAUUACAGGCAGGGCAGAAUUGCCAAAAUGCCUGUCAAAUGGAUAGCAGUUGAGAGUCUGGCAGACAGAGUAUUUACUGUCAAAAGUGAUGUGUGGGCAUUCGGUGUAACCAUGUGGGAGAUCGCGACACGAGGAAUGACGCCAUAUCCCGGCAUUCAGAAUCAUGAAAUUUAUGACUACCUCCUUGAAGGACACAGGCUGAAGCAGCCAACAGACUGUUUGGAUGACCUGUAUGAGAUCAUGUAUAGCUGUUGGAGGGCAGAUCCUCUGGACAGACCCCUUUUUUUCCAACUGCGAGAAAUGCUGGAAAAAAUCACUGAAAGGUUUCCAGAGUCUUUUAGCAAAGAGGAUAUCAUCUACAUUAACACCAGCUUCCAGGAUGAGAGCCCUGAUGGAGAGGCCACAGAACAUCCGGUGUUCAGCUACUCUCCUUCCUGCAGCCGCCAGGAAGCAGAAAACUCUGUAGUAACUGUGGACAUUCACGGGAGCAUGGAGGAUGAGGAUGACGAUGGUCGUUACGUGGUGGUUAUCUCCCCAGAUACUUCACUGAGAUCUGCAACAAUGGACACUCCUCUUUUGUCAAGUGAAUCUUCAAGUCGCUCAAAUGGCAACAUGGUUCCUGAGGGUACAUGGACAGAUCACAACUCCAGUCAUCCUUCCCACCUGCUGUAAAGUUUGGUACCAAGAAGUUUAAAUAUAUUAUGUUGCAUAAAAUAUCAAGCAGUGGUUGAGUACUAAACAUGUUGCCCUGUUGCACUGGGAGCACCUGUAUUGUUAUUUAGUUUCAUAGCAAAUGAUGGUUUGAUCAGCUCACAGUAUAUGUCAAUGUUGAUGUCAACACAAAAACAUGUUUGCACAUAAGCUUAUUAUUCACUAGACUGUGAAAUGGUUUACUUUAGUAUUUAAUUUUUUUUGCUGUUGGUGUGAAUAUUGUAAUGUAAAUAACCUAUAUAAAUGCAUAUUGUAUACUGAAAGAAUAAAUAAUUGUUGUCUCUUUCAGGAAUAAUUUUCCUCUGACCUUUGUACUCAUUAUGGUCUUCGUAGUGGUUCAAAAUAUUUUACUAUAGUAAUAGGACCAGGAUCUUUGUACUGAUAAUAUGCAUAAAUGUAAUUCAAGUUUUAUUAAUAGACUCAUACAGUGGAUUGAAAGUCUACACACACCUGCUCAAAUGCCAGGUUUUUGUGGUGUAAAAAAAAAAUUAGACCAAGACAAAACAUUUUGAAACUUUUUCCACCAUUAAUAUGACCUACAACCUCUACAACUCAGUUGGAAAAAAAAGAGUCGGGGAGUAAAUAUGAACAGCUGAUAUAAUUUGGUUGUACAAGUGUGCACAACUUUAUAUACUUAACUGGGGAUGUGGCUGUGUUCAGAACUAACCAAUCACAUUCAAACCUAAUCUAAAUGGGAGUCAGCAUGCACCUGCCAUCAUUUAAAGUUCCUCUGAUUUACCCCAAAUAAAGUUUAGAUAUUCCAGUAGGUUUUAUCUGGAAUUUCUUUUGCUUUUCUAAUAAAAGCCUGAAGGGUUUGUGAUAACGCUGAAUGGUAUAAAAAUUAUGCUGCCACCACCAUGCUUCACUGUAGGUGUGGUGUUAUUUUGAUGAUGAGAGGUGUUAUGCUUGUGCCAAAUAUACCUUUUUUGGCUAAAAGGUUUAAUGUUGGUUCUAUCGCACCAUUAGACAUAUUCCCACAUGCGUUUGGGAGAUUUCAAGUGUGUUUAUGCAAAAUGUAGCCAGACAAGGAGUGCCUUCUGGCGUCUUGCCACCCCAGCUAUGACAUAUGAAGAUGGGAGAUUGUUGUCACAUGUACUAAAUAGCUAGUACUUGCCAGAAAUUUCUGCAGCUCUUUGACUGUUUCUGGCAGACUCCAUGAACAAUGUUCAUCUUGUCAUUUCAUCAAUUUUGGAGGGAUGUCCAGUUUUUGGUA